AUGAGCUAUUCAUUAAGGUUACAUUCCUCGCAGAAGAUUCAGGAUGUUUCUAUCACAAGUGGAACAACUGAAAAUGUGUAUGCAAAAGAAAUUAAUGAUAUGAACGAAAUAGCUAAUUCAAGUUCAAUUAUAAAAGAUCAAUACACAGACUCUAACACAUUCAAAAAAAAAAAGGGGAAAAAAAAAAAUUUUAUGAAAAUUUUUAAAAAAAGAAAGAAAAAAUCAAAGAAUUUGAAAGAUAAAGAUUCUAAUAUUAAUGAUGAUUCAAACUAUUUACUUUCUAAUAUAAAUAAUAUUGAUUCAAAAAAGUAUUUUCUUUCUUUUAAUGAAUUAAGUAGAUAUGGGGAAAAUCCUGAUGAAAAUGUAGAUAAUCAAAUAGAAAGCAACAGUAAUAAUAAUUAUACUAAAAUUGAAAAGAAUUCAAUAAUUAAGCAUAUAAAUAAAGAGGGAGAGAACUUCGACAAAAGCAGUACAAAAAGUAUUCAUAAAAAAAAAAAAGAGAAUAAAAAAAAGAGAAAUUACAAAAAUAAUGAUAAUAUUAAUGAAAAAUAUAGUGGAAAUAUCAGUAAUGAUUAUAAUAUAGAUGAAAAUUACAAUUUUGAACCAGAUGAAGAUUUAAAAAAAGAAUUAGAGAAAAUAAAAACAGAUAUAGAUAAAAUAAAGAAGAAAGGAAACUUAAAAAGAAUUUAUGAUGAUUUAAAAUAUAUUUUAUUAUUUCAAAAUGAAAUAAUUGAUGCAUUAAUUGAUGAUAUUAGAAAAAAUAAAUUAAAAACGAAAUAUGAUUUAUUUGAUAAUUGUACUAUUAAAGAAGAUGUUAAUAAGAUGAUUUUAAAUCAGAUUACAUUAGAUCUUUUAAAAUUUAAAUAUAUAAACACAAAAUUAAAGGAACUUAUUAUUUGCAUAUAUGAUACAAAAAAAUUUAAUAGUUUAGUAAGGAAAAUUGUUUAUAAUAAACUGGAUGAAAUGAGAAAAAUAGUUGAUAAAGAUGGAGAAUUAACUAUAGCCAAAUCUAUGCUAGUUUUUUUAUAUAAACAAUUGAAAUAUUGUUUAGAAGAGGAAGUUCAAAGUUAUUAUAACAGUGUGAAAAAUAUAAAUGAUGACAUUCAUAAUAUAAAAAAGAAUAUUUUGAAUAUUAUUUCAGAUUCAAUAAAUGAUGUUUGUUCUUUACCUGAUCCAAGUUAUAUAUAUAAUGUAAAUGAGGAAGAAUGCUCUGAAAUAAGAAAAUUAAAAGAAAAAAAACUAAUUUGCCCUAUAUAUGCUAAUGAUUUAAAUAAUUUUUUUUCUUUAUAUGAUAAUGUGUAUUCAGAGAAAAAUGCUAAAACAAUAAACACAGGAAAUUUUAAGAAUUAUUGCUUUAAAAAUAGUAAUAGAGGAAAUUAUGAAAAUUCUAAUAGAUGUGUGUUAAAUAAUAAUGAAAAUAUAAAAUAUAAUAUUCCAUUAAGAGACAUAUAUAAAUCUUACAUAACUAAUAAUAAUUAUCAAAAUGAAUGUUAUCCUCAAUCAUAUAAUUAUGAGAAUCACUUAAAUACCUUAAAUAAUCCAUAUAUAGAUGAAGGUGUAUUUAAUGUCAAUGGUGGUUCUUGUCUCAAUAAUAAUAUUAAUCAUCAUCUUCCUUUAAACAUAUAUGCAAUUAAUAAAAAAGUAAAUCAUCCAUACUAUUAUGUCUGUAACUUAACAAAAAAAAAAGAAGAUUGUGAAGUUAAAAACCAUUGCUGUUAUGAUACUUCCCCUUUUAUUGAUAAAAUAUAUGCCAAUUCUUCUAAUAAUAUGAAUAAAAAUGUUAGUAGAGUAAGUAAUAAUAACAACAUUUUAAUGUGUUCUGAAUAUAAUUCAUUAUUAAAUAAUGAAAUAAAUAAAAAAAACAAUGCAACACAAUUUAUGAACCAUGAGAGUAAUUAUAAUAACUCAAGAAGUAAUAAAUACAUUAAAUACGAUAAAAGUAUAAGCAAUGAUAAUAAUAAUUCCAUAAGGAUAUAUAAAGAAAUGAAUUGUAACAAUGAUGCUUUAAACAAUUUAUGGAAUAAUAGAAAUAAUAAAGUUCAUAAUGAAAUAUAUAACGGUAUACAUGAAGAAAACGUGCAUGCAAUAAAAAAAAAAGAAGAUAUUAAUAAAGGUGAUGGAAUAAUAGAUAUUUAUGAUUACAAUAAUAAAACAUGUACUAAAAGUGGCAAAACACCGGAUGAAAUGAAAUGUGAAAGAAGAGAAAUAACUGAUGGUAAGAAUAUGUAUACAGGAUUUGAAAUCAUAUCCAGCAAAGAAGAAAUGAAAAAAUUAGAAAAUUUUUUGAAUGAUAAAUGGGGAAGCUUUAAAUUAUUUGAAAAAUGGAUAAAAGAUUGUUCGAAAUGGCAAUGGAUAGAUUUAAAACUUCAAAGAGAGCAGAUAAGUAGCAAUAUAGAACUAGAAAAAUUAAAAGAAGAAAAAAAAAAAUAUUUAGAAAAAUGUAUAAAUAAUAGAAUAAAAGAAUUAUGGUGUGGUCGUAUGAAAGGAUUAAUGAAUUUAAAAUUAUGUGGUAUAGAAAAGAAAAUUGUAAAGAAUUUUUCAUCAAAUACCAUUAAUCAAAAUGUAACAGAUGUUAUACUAGAAUUAGAAAGAAAUACUAUGUGCUUCGAGGACCUAUUUGCGAAUUUUAUAAACAAAAAAAUGUUUAAUCAAAAAUUAGAUUUGUUAAAAAAAUAUAAUGAACAUAAAGAUAAAAAUAAACAUGAUAAAGAUAAUUUAACUUAUGAUAAGGAAAAGAUUUUUUUAUGUAGCGAUUCCGAAAAUAUGAAAUAUACACAUAAAAAAAGAGGUUAUGUAAAAUCAUUAAUUUAUAAUUUUAAUAAAAAAUCACAAAAAAAUAAUAAAAAAUAUAAUUUAGAUUUGAAAAAAAAUAGUAAGUUACAAGAUAACAAAAAAAUUGGUCAUUCAAUUAAAACAUAUAUUUCCUCAACAGACAAUAAAAGUACUGAAAAAAAUGAAAAUAAUAAAAAUUUUAAAAUUAAUCAUAACUAUAAAGAGGUGGAGAUAAACAAACAAAAAAAUAGGAAUGAUAAUUCUUAUAUUCAUGGUAGCAUAAAAGGUUACGAUCUAAUGAAAAACAAAAAAGUUCAUUCUUUAAAAGAUAACUUUUCAUUAAGUAAAAUUGAAUACAUUAAAAAAGAUUCAAAAAAUUAUGAUAAAAAAAGAGAUUCUGAUAUUCAAGGGGAUAGCUCUUCAUCAAUUGUGAAAACAAAAUCAAAUAUUACUCAUGAAGAACAAGAAAAUUCUCUUGAAUGCUCAAAAAGUGUUGAAAAAGAUAAAUAUGAAAAGAAAAGGAAACAUGGAAAAAGUAAUAUGAGUACUUUAAAAAAAUUUUUUAAUUUAAAAAGAAAAAAAAAAAAAAAAGAAAAGAAAAAAAUGGAAAAUUUAUUAUCAGAAUCAUUCUUGCUAGAUAAUAAAUGGAAUUCCUCAAGUGCUAACAAAGAUUACCUCAUGGGCAAAAAAAAAGACAUAGUAAAUUCCGUUAAUGAGAAAGUUAAAAACAGUAGUAAUAUCAUUGCAUACGAUAAAUCACACUCCUUAGAUAAAAACAAGUGUGAUAAAGAGAGAAAAGGAAGAAUCAUUGAAAAAGGAGUUAAUACACAUCCCUAUAUACAAAAAGAAAAAGAAAAAAAAAAAUUAACAGUAGAUUUAAUAAAAAAAGAAGAAUAUAAAACUUAUAGUAAUUCAGAAAUGCAGAAUAACAGAUACUUGAGUGAUUUCAAUAAAUUACAUAAAUUUGCCACAGAAAAGAAGGAAAAUAAGAUUUCAUAUUCUUCAAAUGAGAUAAAUAUCACAAAAAAUAAUGAAAUUAAUGAAGACAAAUUACUUUUAAAAAGAUAUUCACAAGGAAAAAAUAAUAAAUACUUUGAAAAAGAAAAAGAUUUAAAUAUAUCACAUUAUGAUCUUAAAAAUAGUUUUUCUUUUGAAGGAAGUCAGGAAAAUGCUUCAUUGAGUGAGUCACUAAAAAAUAAUAAAGUUAAUGAAAAAUUUAAUGAAUCUAUUACUGAUGCUUUAAAAAAAAAUGAAAAAAAAGAGAAUUACAUUUUUGAAUUUGAUGUUACAAAUAUAAAAAGAAAGUUAAGCGAAGAAAAUUUAUCUUAUGAUGUUAAUAUAGAUGAGAAAAUAAAAAAUAUUAGAGAAGAAAAAUCUUCUAUAACAAAUUCACAUAUUUCUUACUCUACUAAUAAGGAAGAUAAUGAAUAUGAAAAAUUUUCUAGUUUAGGUUUCAUUAAAAAAAGAAAUAAAAAAAAUAAGUUAAAUAAAUUCUUUACAAAUUUAAGUAAAUUUAGUUUUAAAUCUUCUAAAAAAAUAAAAAAAAAAAAAAAUUAUUCAGAUGAACUAAUUUUAGAUAGUUUUACCACUGCUUCGAAUGUAGAAAGUGAUAAAAAGAUAUACAAAGAAAAAUUAGAAAAAAAAAAUAAUAAUGAUGACUUUAAUGAAAAUACCUCAAUGAGGAUUUUGACUAAUAGCGAUUUAAGUAAUAAAAACAGCCUUGGUAAGAAGAAAGUGAACAAUCAAGUUGAUAAGAUAUAUUCAUAUAUAAACAAAUUAAAGGAAAAUAAAAAAAGUGAUAAUCAUAUAGAUACAAGUCAUAGUGAUGAAAACUUAAAUAAUCAUAAUGUUUAUUUUCCAUUAAAUAAAAAAGGAGAAUAUGAAAAGAAAGAACUAGAAGGAAGAAAUGGAGAGGAAACAGAGGUAAAAAAUUAUAAAAAACAUGAGCAUUAUGAAUAUACAAAAGAGAAAAAGUAUGAUGAAGAAUACGAAAAUAAAAAAAGAGAUGAUAAAAAGGAACUUUAUGAAUAUAAUAGUUAUAAGCAUGACGAUGUUAUGAAUAAUUAUGAAAAAAAAAGUAUAUAUGAUAGUUACUGUAGUUCUAGUAAUAAGACUUCGAAUUUAUCAGAUAAUGAUAACAAAACAAGGAAAAAGGAAAAAAAUACAAAAAUAGGGCAUAUUAUAAAAAAUGAUAAUAGUGGUAACGAUAAAAAUAGAUAUUGUUCAUAUGGUUUAAAUGAAAAAAAUAUUAAUAGUUCUAAAUUAUCUCCAAGAUUUGGUUACAGUUUGUCUAAUCAGAAUUUUUCAAAUAAUAAUGGAAAUUCAUUAAAUGACAGUUCAAAUUCAGAUAGAUAUUCCGAAAAUAAAUGUAAAAAAGAAAAAAAAAAAAUUGAAGAAAUAAAAGAAAAUAAAGACAACUACAGCACUAAAUUUGAUUCAUCGGCUAAUAUAAUUGAUAAAAAAGAAAAAAAAAAGAAAAAAAAAUCUGUAGUUUCAUCUUUCUUAUCUAAUGAUUUAAGAAAAAAUAAAAGCAAGUAUGAUAUAAAAGAAGAUGUUGACUCUCAUAAGGAUAUGCUUUUAUCAAAUGAAAUAAUUAAGUAUAAAGCAAAUGAUGACAAUAUGUACAAUAAUAUUUAUUUUGAAAAAACAAAUGAUAAUUUAAAAGAUAUUUCAAAAAGUUUCUUAAGUAAUAAGAGUAGUUCAACUCUUUUAAAAAAAAAUCAAAAAAUAGAUGAAAAUUCAUCAAAUUCUCAUGAGAUUAUAAGACUAUCAAGUUUUAAAUCAAGAUCGGAUAUUAAUACUUUAUGUAGUGAUGACCAAAAAGUUGAUGUACUUUCAUGUGAAAAUGAUUCAUAUUAUCAUAAUGAAGAAACGAAAAAAGAAGAUUAUUCAUAUUACAAAUAUGUCCAAUCAAUAUUACCUUUCGGAAUUUUACCUCGAAAAGGGCAUAGUGAUUCUGAUUCUCGAAUGAGUGGAAAAGUAAAGACUCCUGAAAAUUUUUCUUGA